AUGGAGAAACGGUUCGAUCUUGGUCUUCAGCGCAUGCAGCAAUAUCUCUACCCUCUAAUGGCGUGCUUCACGGUAAAUCGGAUCAAUGCCAUGCGUCUUCUUCAGUACCAGCAUCUGCAGUGUUCGAUCCAACGGGAUCCUCAUGGUGGACCGCCCCGAAUCCUUCUGGAGAUCAAGUAUAAAUUUGCGAAGAAAUACAUGAGGGUGACGCAAGCUAAUACCUUCCCCCUCCCCGAAAUUAUUUAUGAUCCAUCGUUGAUGCUAAGCCCUCAUACGUUCCUUCUCGGGAUUCUCUUUCAUAAUAAUGCAUUUCGAGCUCCGGGAACAAAGUCCAUGGAGGACCUGCGACGCUUUACCCUGUCUCGACAGCUCAAGAUCUUUGGGAAGAUCACCGGCUUCAAGUGGUCAUUGUUCACGCAUCGGUUCCGGUACGGUGGCGGCACCAUUCUAAAUGAAAGCGGUCUUAUUAGCGACGCUAAACAGAACUUGAUCAUGAAGCACGCGAACAUCCGAACAUUCCUGAAUCAUUACCUUCCUCGGCGAAUCAACACUGAUAUGCAGGCGUUGAUAAGAGGACUCAAGCCAGAUUCGGCCAUGAUGAGGGCAGUCACUAGGAUGGGACGAUGGAUUGACCGACGUCGGCCUCGAGAGCUCACUGAUACGCAGAAGACCACGGUGGAGCACGAUCCAGAGCUGCAGAAAGCAAUUCGGAAACGGGAUACGUUCUCCAAAAAGCUUCAGCGCAGUCAGAAAAAGACUGGCCGGAAGCUCAAUAAGCUUGACAAACUAAAACGGGAAGAAUUUGAUGAAGAGCAGGCGGUCCUUGAUAUUAAGCGGCAACUGGCGGACACCGCUAUUCUAGAUAAAGAGGCUAAGGAGCAGCUCCAAAUUAAAGAGUAA